AUCCGCAGGCUGCAGCCUACAGAUCAAGGUCAGCUGUUCUGCGAAGCCACAGAAUGGAUUCAAGAUCCAGAUAAAAGCUGGACUUGGAUCACAAGGAAGCAGACACAACAAACAACGCUGACCGUCCAGCCAGCAGCAACGGAGUUCACGGUCAGUGUCACCACCGACGGCCCGGUUGCCGAGGGCCAGCCCUUGCACCUGGUUUGCCUGGUGCUGGGCAGUGCACAGGCCCCGCAGCUCCAGGGCUUCUGGUUCCACAAUGGGGUGGAGAUUGCGCAGAUCGACGCUGAUGGAGUCGUGGGCUUGAAGAAGGAGUACGAGGACAGAGCGAGGCAAGGACAGCUCCAGGUUUCAAAGCCAAGCCCCAAGUCUUUCUCCCUGAGGAUCUUCUCUGCAGGCCCCGAGGAUGCAGGCACCUAUAGCUGCACUGUGGCGGAGGUGACCAGGACCCCCGAGGGCUCCUGGCACGAGCUGCAGAGAAAGCGAUCGCCAGCCAGCCAGGUUCACCCAAGGAGGCCUGCAGCCAGAAGUGUGGUCGUGUUGGCCAAGGAGCAAGCUGUGUGGGAAGGAGAGACACUCACUCUCGUCUGCAAGGCUGGUGGGGCCCCAAGUCCUCUGUGGAUGAGCUGGUGGCACAUCCCACAGGACCAGCCCCAGCCCCGGCUUGUAGCUGGCAUGGAGCCUGAUGGCAGCGUGCAGUUGGGCGCCUCUCCAGGGAGCCCUCAUUACCAUGGCAACAUGAGAUUGAAGAAAGUGGAUUGGGCCACCUUCUGGCUAGAGAUUCCCUCGACCACAGUCGCAGACGGCGGAACCUACCAGUGCAAAGUAUCUGAGAGGCUCCGGCACACAGCCCCUGACCAGCCCUGGAUGCGCAACAUUUCCAUCACUGUAAAAUCUCUGAAAUCGAGCUUACAAGUGCACCUGAUGAGCCGCCGGCCCCACGUGACAUUAGCCAACACCUUCACCCUGUCCUGUGUAGUGGCUGCCAACUUCUCUGCCCUCAAGCUGCCCCUGUCUGUGGUGUGGCGGUUCCAGCCGGCAGGGUCUCGAGCCUUCCAUCAGCUGGUUCACAUGGCCCACGAUGGCUCUGUCGAAUGGGGGACUCUCCUGCCUCAGUUCCAUGAGAGGACCAAGGUCUCCCGCACGGGGCUGAGGUCUCAGCUCCUAAUCCAUGAGGCCACUGAGGAAGAUGCAGGAAUGUAUCGGUGCGAGGUGGACGUCUACGACAGAAAUGCCCAGUCUUCUCCCAGGGCUUCUGCCUCCUCUCACCCAUUAAGAAUAGUCAUUUCCUUACCUGAGAGCAAGCUGAAAGUGAGCUCUGCUAGUCAAGCCCAAGAGAUCGCCAUCAGCUCCACCGCACACAUCGACUGCAGCAUCGAGUCCCGGUCCACCGGAAACCUUCCAUUUACCAUUAUUUGGUACUUUUCUCCCAUCUCCACUGAGGCAUCCUGGGUGAAGAUUCUGGAAAUAGACCAAAGCAAUAUCGUAAUAUAUGGGGAUGAAUUUCGUACCCCGCAGAGAAAGGAAAAGUUUUACAUAGAAAAGGUUUCCCCUGCCUUGUUUCGGCUGCACGUCGUGGGAAUGGAAGACAACGACCAGGGCAGGUACCACUGCGAGGUGGGGGAGUGGCUCUCGUCCACAAAUGGCACAUGGAAGAAGCUUGGAGAACAGAAGUCCGGACUCACAGAGCUCAGACUCAGGCCCACAGGAAGUCGGGUGAGGGUCUCCAAAGCCCACUGGACAGGAAACGCCACAGAGCACGAGGAGGUGGACAUCCCCUGCGGCCUGCAGGCCCCGGGCACCACGGGCUCCCUGUACUCGGUGACCUGGUACCGGGGCGGCCCCGGUGGCCCAGUGCAGCUGCUGAGCCUGCAAUAUGACGGCCUGCAGGAGCCAGGCAAGGACACAGCUGGGCGUGGGGCACGCAUGCUCGGCCUCCGAGUCACCCCCACCGACUUCGUCCUGAAGCUGCGGCCCGUGCAGAUGGAGGAUGCCGGCCUGUACUGGUGCAUCGUGGCCGAGUGGCGGCUCCACGGCUCCCCGGGCAAGUGGGUCAGCCAGGCCUCUGACGGCUCCCAGCACAUGGAGCUCAGGGUGCUGCCCGCAGAGUUGACAUUCUCUUCCAGAAUCUGCUCACAGCCACUGUUGGUCCACUUUCUGGUGGUCUGCCCAUUGGUAUUGCUCGUCCUUCUGCUCCUUUCCCUCCUCUGCGUGCUCAGCCAGGCCAGGAAACGUUCCAGGCUGCGCCCCGGUGCACAGAAAGCCAAGGCUGUGCUUGUGGGCCUGGGAGGGGUGGACGGCUGCCCUGCUGAGGACCGGGAUGGCCACUGAGACCUGAGCCGAGGCCCCGCAACUGCCUGGAAGGAGUGUGGUGGGCCUUUGGGGGUGGACUGGCCAGGGUGAGAACGGAUCCCACUUCUGCUCUUCACUGACUGUGGCUGUGGACAUGCUCCCCAGGGAACCAAAGGCAUGUAGCAGGGCCCUUGGGUGGGACUAGGCCCUGCUAUGCGAUUCUUCAUGUGUUACUUCCCCCAGCCCCCUAGCAGCAACAGGGACCCCACCCAGAGGGAGAGAGGGGUCUGCCUCUCAUGGCCUCAGGCGCCCACGUGCCCCCUUGGAACACCUCCCCCCCGAAACACCCCACACUGGCUCCCCCUCA